CCCUUGUCUAAAUUGUGCUUUCUUUGGUUUCCUAUCUACCUAUAUCUUUGUGUCCAAACCAACAUAAUCUUAGCCGAACUGGUCCCCCGAAUAACGCCAUAAUGACCAUGGAACGUACUCGGAAGAUCGCUGUGUCCGUGGAUUGCGGAACUACUCAUACGAGUGUUGCAUGGAUUCAUCCCGACUCUACGAAUGUGAGAUUUAUCGACACUUGGCCCGGAACGCAGAUCCGUUCGACGCGUGUCCCAACCCGCAUCGCCUACAGUUUCAAGAAGCGAGUCCUCCAAAACGCGGCAUGGGGAUACAUGAUUACCGAAGAUCAUGUAACUUCUUCCUGGGUUAAGCUCCUCUUAGAACCUGAAGUAACGGAAAAGAUCAUCGCCGAUGACAACGAGCAGUGGAAAGAUUCCGUGGGAAUCUUCCACCGGCCUGGAGGCAGGGACCCUACCAGUAUCAUUAGAGACUUCUUGGACCGCCUCAGGAAAUAUUCGGAGACUCACAUUAAGAGAAAAUGCAAUGACAACGACCUUGGGAUAUUGCCAUUUGCAUACAUUCUGACUGUACCGGCGACAUGGUCGGAAGCAGCUAUAAGCACCAUGAAGAAAGCCGCUCGGGCAGCAGGUUUUCGCGGAAUUGCUGGAGACGACCCUCUCGUCCUCUCUGAGCCAGAAGCAGCACUGACAACAAUGUUAUGUGAUCCGUUGAUUCCCAUUCAGGCGGGAGACGGAGUCGUUGUCUGUGACUGUGGAGGUGGAACGCUUGAUAUUGGCACCUACGUCAUCCACCAGAAAGAGAUUGGGGACUACAGAACUGUAAGCAAUUACACAGAUCCUUCGGGGGGUAGCACUAUGAUAGACCGGGAAUUUUACGCUGUCGCGUCUGAAAAUUUGAAGUCAAAGAAGUUGAGGCGCUCGGUCUUUUCCCCAACUGGUCGUUUAAUGAGCGAUUUUGAGUCAGCCAAACGUGACUUCGAAGGCACCAUCGGUCAAGAAAUUGGCGAUAUACAAUAUCGUAUAUCGACAGGUUUUCGCAAGUUCGAGUUCACAAAUGUCGAUAUGCUCGAUCUUCAGUAUCCUCUCAUAGUGACAAUCUGCGAUGUUCUGACAGCGCAGAUUAAUCGAGCACAUGACUUGAUUGGACGCCCAGUAAUCAAGCACGUUUACGUAUCCGGCGCGGCGGCACACUCCGUCUAUCUUUAUAACGCCAUUCAAAGGCUUUUCGCGAACUCGCAGAUAACGGUCCACCGACACCAAACGCCAGAGACUGCUGUAGCUGAAGGCGCUGCUCGCUGGGCGUACAGGAACCUUCUUUCGGUUGAGCUCGACCGUCAUUACGGUGUUGAGUCCUCUGGCCCUCUAGUUGGUGCCAUGGACCUCGAUAACCAAGAACCUCGAGCGCCUCAGGGGCAUCCCGUGUCUUGGGUUCUUAAAGUGGGGGACCGGUGCUCAAUUGGCGAAUUGCGAACCGCCACAUUUACCUGCCGGGUCUUUCAAGAUUUUCCUUUAGCAGUUAUCAACAUCUACGAUGCAGUACCGAGGCCUGUGGGCGGACAAAACAAUGCGAUAUACGGUUCGAAGAACUUUCAUUUUCUCAUCUUUGUGACCCAUUCUUUGUGACCCGUAUGAAAUAAACCCUGAUCGAAAACCAGAUGUCCGGAACAUUGGCCAUGUAUUCUGCAACUUCGUCGACGCAUUAAGUUCAGGAGGUACAAGAAGUGGAGACACCAUUGAUGUGAAGCUCCGCCUUACUCUUGAAAUAAGUAAGAUUUACGUCAGGGCAACUUCCUCCCAUGGCCACGACUUUGGGAAGGUGGAAAUCGAUCGUUUCCGUUGACAGAGUAGGGCCUGAUCGCGAAGACCCUCUGUGAUCGCUUUGCUGCAUGGUGUGGCACGAGGAAAGUUCUUGGAAGUGAACAUUUUCGGAGCGAGGUCAACUGACAUGGCAACUUUCAUUCGCUACGUGUCUCUUUUAUCUUUUGAAGCUGUUGUUGUUAUUUG